UAGAGUGACGAACUUCCUGUCUAUACUGUCUUGUAUUCAGACCAGUUUUCCACACUUUGAUUAAUGAAAGGGGAACUAUGUGACAACUAAACAUGACAUAGAGACGCUGUGUUUGUGUCGCGAAGAUGCUAAAGGUAAAACAGUUCGGUCGUGACAGUCAACGAUGUUCUUUGUAUUAAUGUUGUCUUUCUUUGGCCAAGGACGGAGAAUUGGAAAAUCACAAAGAGACUGAGCUGGCAACUGUAAAACGAUCAACUGAACUUGAGUAGGAUAUCACAAGCAUACAUUCGCAAGAACUGUCAUAGUUUUCAAUGCAGCGGUCGUUUGCUGACUUCAUCGAGAGGAAGAAGGCAGUCGGUUCCCUUUACAUUCAUCUCUUCCGGGAAAGUCACCACAGAAGGGAAAUAGGCCCGUUACUGCAAAUAAAGGAAUUUAUGGGAUCAAAAGUUUCAUUUGAUGAGAUGAGUGUGCGAGCGGGGCAGGGCAGUGAUGAGGUGCUGGUGUCGCAGGCGGUCUGGGAUUACCUUGCAGCCGCUGGACGGCCCUGGUUGGUUGCCUUUGAGGACAAGCAGGGACUAAGUGCAGACAUAAUCCGACGUGGGGAGCGUGGUGGCUGCUGUGCUGUGCGGCUCUCCCCAGUGGAGGGCAGCAACAGAGCCAGAACUGGGCUGAUGGAGGGUCCGGUGUCUCCCGUCACACAGAAAGCCUUCAUAGACUUAUGCCGCUGUGCCCGAAAGGAAAUGACCAAACAGGAGGCAGCUCUUAAGAGGAAACGGUCUCUGUUACCCUGUGUGACAUCAAUGGAGCCUGAUGGAGAGGGGAGCUUGUUGCCUCCACCUCCUCAACCACGGCGCUCCCAGAGGCAACAGCAGAAAUAUAGGAAAAAUGCAGACGUGCAGACCUGUGUGGUUUUACCCAUGCUACAUGAGGCCACAGCAAGAACUGGGCCUGAAUUAAACACGGGACAGGUAAAUGAAGAAGAGAGCACUAUUUGCUCCAUAUGCAUGGGGGAGAUGGUGGAAAAGACAAUUCUGGACAAAUGUGGCCAUGCAUUCUGCCGGACUUGCUUAGAACAGGCUUUCCAAGUGAAGAAGGUCUGUCCUGUGUGCAGACUUGUGUAUGGUCAACUUAUUGGUAACCAGCCGGCCAACGGGAGCAUGAUGGUUGAAAGAGAUCCAGACCUGGAGUUGCCUGGACAUGAAGGAUGUGGCUGUAUAUGCAUUAUUUACAGUUUCCCUCCUGGUUUUCAAGCGCAAGAACAUCCGAACCCUGGGGUGCGGUACCCUGGCACAGACCGUGUGGCGUACCUGCCAGACAGCCCUGAGGGAAACCGUGUUCUAUGCAUGCUGCGCCGGGCCUUCGAGCAACGGCUUAUCUUUACCAUAGGCACGUCUAUGACCACUGGCAUGCAUAACGUCAUUACCUGGAAUGAUAUCCAUCACAAGACCUCCAUAUGGGGCGGACCACGAUGCUUUGGUUAUCCAGAUCCUACAUACCUCGUGCGGGUGAUGGAGGAACUGCGAGAGAAAGGAAUAACAGCUGACUGAAAAUGUGUUCCUUGCACUUAAGAAGUUUCAAAAAGAUGGCAAACGUGUGCUUGACCACAGGCUUCUUUUAAUCUCACUGUGUCAAUUUAAGCCACAACCAUCUGCUGCAGCAUCGGUUAGAUCAGGAUGCCGUUCACGAUGUUUAACAGUUUAUUUCAGUAGUUAUGUUUAGCUUUGUUCUUUGGUUUACAUGUGUGAAGGCAAUGUGUUUGUUCAAACUGGGGUGCACUUUAUUGUUCAAUAUAAGACACAUAGCUGUGUUUAUGGUACCCAAUGGAGUGCUAAAAUGUGAAUGUCAAGAAGGUGUAAACUUUUCCACAUCUGCAGUACAACCUUCCACUUCUCUGUUUCAGGGAAGAGCCAAUCAAUAGCCUGCUGGCCUCCCUCUUCUUACUAUGUGUCUUCUAUCCAAACUAUGCUUAAUUAUGGUAGCAUCUGGAUGUGGACAAAUGAGGUACAAAUGGCAUAGCACAGCUAAUUGGGUACAGCUGGGACAAUCCCAUCCAACCUUUUUUUCUAGUAAUCAGCACUUAGAGGCACUUUUCAAUGGAGGUAAUCUUUUUAUUAUGAGAAUUUACAGUGGAUUCUGCUUGAUCUUCCAGAGUGCAGACUCUAGAAAGGUAAUUUUGAGCCUUUAUUAUAAUAAGGUCCUAGGUGUAUCCUAGCAUUGUUCCUUUUCUCUCAUCCCUAGGAAAUGUUGUGGUCUUUCAUUUCAAGAUCAGAUCAGGUGCAUAAUAUAGUACCCCCCCCCCCCCUUAUAUAGUGUAUGUUUGAUUGAAUUUUUCCUGAUUUAUAUGUUUAUUUAUUCACAUUUGAGUUUAUGUGAUGAUCAAGUUUCUGUCACAUAUAUAAAAUGAUGUCACAAUAAAAGGGCGUAUAGACCACGUAAACCAAACUAAAUGCAUUAUAGCUCAAAGCAUAACUGUAACCAUUGUGUUUGUGCCUCAGGCUUGGAGACAAGCCUAGCACUCGAUUUAUUUUGAAGAAUCAGCAGAUUUGUCAAUGCAAAGUUUGCUAAAGUAGAAGAUCAAUUCAGUAAGAAAGCAUAUAUCUAAUGUAUUCUAGGUUGUUGUUGUUCAUAAAACAGAAUUAUGUGAAUAUAUUUUCAUUGAAAUGUUAUUGUGCCUUCUACCAAAGGUCACAGACAGCUGCAGCCUGUUAUUUACUAAUGUUAAUCAUUACUCGCUAGUAUUUGUUCAACUCCUUUAAUCGAUCUGAAGCAUUGAUCUUAUCGCAGUAUUUCAGCAAAAUGCAUCAUACUUGAGAGACUCAUUACCUGGUUUCAAAUUGUUUAACACAAACCAAAAUGUUAUAUUUACUUUGUGUUAAGGUUUUGUGUUGUUAGCAGUUGCAUAUGUUUCAAAGUAUCAUUAAAUAAAAAAGGAAUAUCAGAUUUUAGUUUUCUUUCCAUUCCAUAUUCCCUUCACCCCCACCCUUUGUUAUGAAGGACCAAUUCAAUCAGGAUUUGUAGGACUAAAGUUUACUGUCAUGCAAAAUUCUAUGCACUUCAAAAUCAGAUUUAUAAAACAGACCUCCUCAGAUGACUGAUUGUUCAAAGUAAAUAAUUUGCCUUUAUAGUUAUGUUGAUUUGUAUUACAUAAUUGAAUUGUAUUCUACAAUUUAAAAAAUGUGCUUUACAUUUUCAUACUUGAAUAAAGGGAUUCUGUUCUGUUA